AUUCGCGUCUAAGUAUUUGAUCAGAAAUAUGAAUUUUUCUCCUUUGUUAUUAUUAAUUAUUACGAAAUUAAUUUAUUGUGAUGAACGGAGUGGCAGAGUUCGAAGAAUUGUCGGCGGAGAACCGGCUGUACCACCCCCUGAAGACGAACCUGUAGUGUUUACUAGAUUUGGUGGAAAAACGGCAAGAGUUUUAGGUGUUAGAGACUUUCCACAUUACGUUUUUCGCGGUAUCAAAUAUGGUCUUGCUCCCGUUGGCAAAGAAAGAUUUCUUAGACCACGACAAUAUUUUUUGCAAGGGUUUGAAAAUGCCACGCAGUUUCCGCCGCCGUGUGUUCAACCAGUUCCUGGUGAAGAUAAAGUCAUAGGGAAAGAGGAUUGUUUAUUUCUUAACGUUUUUAGCCCAAGUCUUCCUACAGGAAUGGAAGGACUUCCUGUUAUUAUAUGGAUUCAUGGUGGCGGUUUUCGAUAUGGAUCGGCGUCUCAGUAUGGUGUUCGGCAGUUGGUUGGUAAGCAAGUCGUCGUUGUAACAAUCCAAUACCGCUUGGGUUCCUUGGGAUUUCUAAGCACGGGAACCAAGACACUUCCUGGCAACGCUGGCUUGUGGGACAUGGUGUUAGCGGUUACGUGGACCCGAAAUUACAUUGGCUUUUUUGGUGGUAACCCUAACAAUAUUGUCGUAAUGGGUCAUGGUACUGGUGCUAGUAGCGCUAUUAUGGUGGCAUUAUCUAAUGUUGCGAAGGGUUUAACCAGUGGAAUUGUAGCCAUGUCUGGAAGUUCACUUUCCCAAUUUGCUACUGACGAUGCUCCUGCAAACACUGCAAUGGAUGUGGCUGAAGCGAAUGGGUGUCCAGUUGGGUCUGAACUUACCAUGGUUAGAUGUUUACAAAAUUUGUCACCUGCUGCUAUAAUAAAAGUAGAUUCAGUUAUUGAAGCAACACGUUUGCAAAAUCGCGGAUUUGUUUCCGGCCUUGCAGGAAAGCUUGGAUCCGCUCCCGUAUUUGAAGGCCGAAGAGAUGGUCGUUCUUUACCACCAGUUGCAGAAGUCGAACCUGUAAACGAUCCAGAAACUUCUCAAGCGAAAAUUCCGCUAUUAACGGGGAUAACAAAAGAUGAAACAAAGAGGGCCUGUCACGGGCAAUUCAGAGAUGAAAUUACCAACAAAUUGCAAAAAGUUCCUGAAUUUUUAGAUAAGGUACUCGUUAAGAAUCUUCAAAAUGCUAUUGGAAUAAGUCGAGACAAAAAUUCAACUUCUGGCAAGUUUCUAAAUCUUCUGGAUCCCAACCAAUUUAAAAACUAUCUUCAAUAUAAGAGAAACAACAUUCAUGAGGGUCUCGGUAAAAUAGCUGAAGCCACAGCAGAUGCUUUAUUCAACGCUCCAGCUUUUCUAACCGCCGAUGCUUGGUCAAAACGAGGCGCACCCGCGUUUUUGUACCGAUUUGAACAUGUUGGUAAACGAAGAAAAGGGUUCAAUUUUUUGAGAGGGCUACCACUUGUCGGAAAUAAUUCUCAAAGUGAUGAUGUUUCCAAUGACACAGUAUCCCACGGUGAUGAACUUUCUUACAUCUUUGACGCUCAAGAUAUGCAAGGCAAGUCGUUAGACUCAGACACAGGCAACGAAGAAGACAAUAAAGUUCGUGAUAUCUUUACUCAGAUGAUAGCGGAUUUUGCUCGUCAUGGCAAACUCAGUGUAGAGGGUCAACACGUGAAACCCUUUUCUAUCACUGACAACAAUUUUGUUCAAAUUUCACCAAAACCGAAGGUGUCCAAUGGUUUUAGAUAUUGCGAAAUGGGGCUGUGGUUGGGGUUGGCUCAAAGAUUGCAGAGUAGCACUUGUGAACUUUUCAAAGUUUUGGAUUCUCAACUGAAGAAUAUAGAUUUAGGCAGUGGCACGAAAAAACUUGGAGAAACAAUUACUGGUAUUGUCAAAGGAGGUGGUAAGAGACCACAGGAUGUAAUUUCAAAACCUACAGGGCUUUUAAGUGGGAAUAAAGACAAAAAGGUUUUUGGAAUUGGGGGAUGAAGAUGAUUUAAAUUAAUAUCAAAUAUGCUUUUAUUAUCACUAUAUGUAAAAAUGGCUUUCUUGUAAUGUAAUAAAUACCUAUGUUAAAUAUUA